CAAAAUUUGGAGAGUAACCUCACCAACCUUAUUAAGAGGAAUACUGAACUGGAGACACUUUUGGCGAAACUCAUUCAGACCUGUCAACAUGUAGAAGUAAAUGCAUCCCGCCAAGAAACCAAGCUAAUGGAAGAAUGUGACCAGCUCAUUGAAAUCAUCCAGCAAAGACGACAAAUAAUUGGAACCAAAAUCAAGGAAGGAAAGGUGGUGAGGUUGAGAAAACUGGCUCAGCAGAUUGCGAACUGCAAACAGUGCAUUGAGCGCUCAACAUCCCUCAUCUCUCAGGCUGAACAGUCGCUGAAGGAGAAUGAUCAUGCUCGCUUCCUGCAAUCUGCCAAAAAUAUCACUGAAAGGGUUUCCAUGGCAACCGCAUCCUCCCAGGUUCUAAUUCCUGAAAUUAAUCUCAACGAUACUUUUGAUACUUUCGCACUUGAUUUUACCAGGGAGAAGAAAUUAUUGGAAUGCCUUGAUUACCUUACAGCUCCCAACCCACCCACCAUUCGAGAAGAACUCUGUACAGCUUCUUAUGAUACCAUCACUGUCCACUGGACGUCGGAUGAUGAGUUCAGCGUGGUCUCUUAUGAGCUGCAGUACACCAUCUUCACUGGACAAGCUAAUGUUGUUAGUAAGUAUAAACCUUCUCUUUUCUAG